GGUCUUAAAAUCUUUAACAAUUAUUAUUGGCUACCCCGACGAAAUUAUGGAUGAUAGUAAAUUGGAAGAAUACUUCCAAGGACUCGAAAUAACUCAAGAUAAUUUUCUGAAAAAUGUAUUGAAUCAACGAUUAUUCAUCAAUAAAAAACGUUUUACUAUUGAUCAUAAACCGAAAAACUUAAUCGAGUUUGUGGACAAAUUUCACAAGCUGAUUUCUAUUGGAUCUGAUGCUUAUUUCAUUCGUAGUUUGGAAACAAUCGUUUUAGGUGUCGAAUUGCUGAGAAACUUGUUCUUUAGUAUCCAUCGUCCAAAUUACGUUAAUCUUGCAGUGCUCGGAAGAACGCUUGCUCACGAAAUAGGGCAUUCUAUUGACAUGUCUUACCUAGUUAGCAAAUUCGAUAGUAAUUGGAGUAAAUUAUCAAAACAAGUAUACCACGAUAUACGAGAAUGUAUUGCCGAGCAGUACAACAAUUAUUCUAGUAAAGUGACGGGAAGAAAAAUGAACGGUGAUUUCUACCUUAUCGAAAACAUUGCUGACAAUAUUGGUGCCCAAGUUGCUUAUUCGGCCUAUCAAGCCUGGGUCAAAACACAUGGACCAGAACCAACUUUCUCUAGCCUGCCGUACAACUCGAAUCAAUUGUUUUGGCUAUCAAUAGCUAAUGAAUGGUGCUCACCGAAAUCGGCAUUUCAAAACUGGGAUUCAACCGAUACUCAUCCUCCAUCCCGGAAUUAAAAGAGACGAUCUGGAUUAUUUGAAAGAAAUUAUUUCAAAAUUAGGAGGUUGGCCAGUUGUAGAAGGGCAUAGAUGGAACGAAACGAAUAACAGCUGGAUAACUUUUAUCGAUGAAGCAAAGCACAUUGCUUUCUUCUAUUAUUAUUUUUAUGGAUUACGUAGUCGAUCAAUUAAUGAUCGUACAACAAUAUUCUUUCAGCCUAUAGACCUUGAAUUCUCAGGGGGUAAUAUGACAAAUCCUCAGAACCAUAAAAUGGUAGUCCCUUACCUAAAUUUUAUGGUCGAUGUUGCAAGUCUUUUGGGGGCCAACGAGACACAUUCUAAAGAAGAACUCGCCCCAUUAGUGGCAUUUGAACUACAAAUUGCUGAUAUAAAGAUGCAAAAUGAUAUAUCGCUAUCGAGUAAUAAAAAUAAUCAAAUUGAAUUAUCAGUAACAAAAGUAAUAGAAAAGUGGCCAAGCAUUGAUUGGAUUAAAUUGGUGAAUACACGAUCUGAUUUGUCUCGCAAUAUUUCAAAUGAAACAGUAAUUUUUAUAGAAAAUACGGAUGUCAUAACGAAAUUAGAUAAUCUAGUAAAAAAUACUACUGCUAGAGUGCGAGCAAAUUAUGCAAUGUGGAAGACGAUUCAAUAUUUGAUUCCAAUGGUCGAGUCAGCUUCUUUAUCUCGAUUAUCGCUGAUUUAUAAUAAAAUAAAAGACCCAUCAUAUGUUCAUGCGACAUUUGAUUGUUUAAAAGAACUUAAAAGGCUUUUUCCGGAACUCAUGCUUGCUUAUUAUGGGCGAAACUCCCCAAUUGGUAAACGGGCUAAAAUUCAAAUUCAGCAGCUUAUUUCAUUCGUAGAACAACAAUUCUUCGAUACUCUGAAUAGCACAAAGUGGUUAGACGUGAAGACAAGAGACGGACUUUUCCAAGCAUUGAAAUCUUUAAAGCUUAGAAUUGGCUACCCUGACGAAAUUAUGGAUGAUAGAAAAUUGAAAGAGUACUUCCAAGGGCUCAAUAUAACUCACGAUAAUUUUUUGAGAAAUUUUGUAAAUCGAAAAGUAUUUACCGCAAAGAAAGUUUAUAAUUUUGAUCAUAUGCCACAAAACUCAAUUGGGUUUAUGGACAAUUUUUACACGUUUACUUUAUUUGAAGGAGAUGCUUUUUUUAAUCCUCGUACGAAUACAAUUGUUUUAGGCGUCGAAUUGCUGAGAAAUUUGUUCUUUAGUAUUCAUCGUCCGAAUUACGUUAAUAUUGCCUUGCUCGGAGACAAACUUGCUCACGAAAUAGGGCAUUCUAUUGACCACCCUUACGAUAUUUACGAAUCGAAAGCAAACAAUAGCAAAUGGAGUGAAUCGUCGAAGCAAAAAUAUCAUGAUAUACGAGAGUGUAUCGCAGAACAGUACAGCAAUUAUUCUAGUAAAGUAACGGGAAAGAAAGUAGAUGGUGGAUUCUAUCUUCAAGAAAACAUUGCUGACAUUAUUGGUGUUCAAGUUGCUUAUUCGACCUAUCAAGAUUGGGUCAAAACACAUGGACAAGGACGAACUUUUUCUAGCUUGCCGUACAACACGAAUCAACUAUUUUGGCUAUCAUUCGCUAAUCAAUGGUGCUGGCCAAAAUCGACAUUACGAAACUGGAAUUCAAACGAUGAGCAUCCUUCGCCAGCUCAUCGGGUUAUCGUUCCGCUUUUUAACAGCCCAGAGUUUUCAAAAGAUUUCAAUUGUCCCUCUGGGUCUAACAUGAAUCCAGUAAAAAAAUGUAUUGUCUUUUGAUUUAAAUUAUUAACGAUUUUUCUUCACUCGUUUUGGGAAGUCUUAACUUUCCGGACUACUUUACUAGAUAUUCUAAAGCGUUAAUUAAAGAAGUAAUCUACAAUAGGUGUCAAAGCAAAAAUAUCGUUUCUUUUAAUAUUAACACAAAAUAAAUCUCUAAUACAAUAAAUACUGUUUGCUACUUCUUAUUAUUUAUAUAGAAAAUCCUGAUUACAAUCGUACUUCUGUUAUCAAAAUUAGUAAUUACGGAUUAACGAC